UGAAAAUGCAGAGGUUCUUGAUAUAGAUUCAGGAAUUGGGGAGUCUUGCAAUCAAGCUUCAGCAUGGAGCACUCGGAUGCAUUCAGCUUUCUCAUCGUUGCUCUAAGCUACAAUGUGACGAUUAUAGGAAAGAUUUGGUUGACACUUGUGAUCCUUCUGAGACUUAUGGUGAUAUUCUUAGCAGCCUAUCCUCUCUACCAAGAUGAGCAGGAACGCUUCAUCUGCAACACUUUGCAACCAGGAUGCUCCAAUGUGUGUUAUGACCUCUUUGCUCCAGUAUCACAUUUUCGGUUCUGGCUGAUUCAGAGUGUGUCUGUCCUCCUUCCUUAUGCUGUUUUUGGUGUCUGGGUAUUGCACAAUGUGGUCAGGCAGCUUGUAAAGGCCUCUGCCUCCCCUUACUCUCAGCACAAAGAAAUUGAGACUUUAUCUGGCCACAAAAUUACAAAGACAUCCUUCAAAAGUGCAGCAAGAAAGAGAAAAACCAGUAGGACGAAUGAAACGGAUUUUUCCAGGGCUUACGUUGUUCAUCUUAUUCUGAGAAUAUUGAUAGAGGCUGGCUUUGGAACCGGUCAUUAUUAUCUCUUUGGAUUUUUUGUUCCGAAGCGUUUUUCCUGUGACCGCUUUCCUUGCACAAGUUUUGUUGAUUGCUACAUCUCCAGACCAACUGAGAAGUCCAUAAUGAUGCUUUUCAUCUGGGGACUCAGCGGCUUCUCCUUCCUCCUUAGUCUUGUUGACCUAGUCUUUGCUUUUCGAACCAAUGCUGUAAGAAACCAGAGAAAUAAGCUUCUGUUGCAAAAGCUCACAGCAGAGGAGGAAUGUGGUCCUGAGCUGCAGCAAGACCACAAUCCAGGCAAAGAUUUACUUCAUCAUGGAAGCAUGGCCAUCUCUGAUGGUGGUAGAAAAUGCUUGCUUGCUUGUGAGGCUACAGAAGACUGUCCUUUUCCAGCUGCAAUGACUGUUCAGCAGACAAUUGGCUCUCAUUUCAACAGUAACCAUAAUAAGUUGUGUAAUGAAUCUGCCAAUCAAGGCCUGCUUUUCAGUGAAACUAAACAGCAGGAGAAUCCAUAUGAGCAAUCAAGACAUGAGCAGCAGUCCUGCUUUAUCCAAGAAUCCUUGGCUUUUAACUCCCAGGAGGUGUGCCAUCAUAGGUCUCAUUCAUCUGCAAGUUACGACAAGCCCUCAGUUCAUGAUUCUACUCUGGAGAGAAAGACAUCUGAUAGUCAGUCUGUCUUCAGUAUUUCUGAGUUCUCAAAAUCCAAAAAAUCUGAAUGGGUAUAG